GUCUAGAGCUGCUUCAGCCUUCCUCCUUAUGCCAAACACCAACUCAGUGACGGCACCCAAUUCCAGUUUUCCUCAGUUUUCCCCAUGCAAGCCGCCACCGCCCCCUCCUCCUUCUUCUCUUCUACUUCUUCUUCUUUCAUGCCCUCAGAGGUACCCUCCUGGUUCAAGCCUCUGUAUCUUGUCAUUCAAUCUGGGGGGGAGUAGCUUUUCUGAUGGAGGUGGUGCUUAAGAACUGGACUUGCUAGCAGGAAGAAGAAGAAUCUGUUUUCAUUAGUUGAGAAGCCUUCAGACAACAACUUGUCCUUGACAUCAAGGCCCACGGGGGAUCCUAGAUGGAAGUUCACAUUGGUGCAGGUGCAAAUGCAGGUUGGAAGGGGUAAUUUGGUCUAGUGUAUUUAACUUUCUGGGUUGAUUUGAGACUAUGAGUUUUGUGAAGGAUUUCGCUGCAGUUCAGUGAUAUGAAGUUCCUCCAUUCCUUUGGAGAACUAUGCUCAAUGCAUUCAUCUAUAUCAUGUGUGAUAUUUGUUAGAGUUGACAUGGACAUGAACCAUUUGCCUCAGGAGCCUUCCAGACAAUGCCAGCUUACCCGUUUAAAAAUGAAAUGAACAAAAUGAUUGGCCACUGUGGGGACUUCAUGCAGUCAGAUAAGGGGAAGUUCAUACGAUUGUCAGAGUCUAUGGACUCUGAGGAAAUAAAAUGUGCCAAAGGCGAUCAUCCUCCUAUUGAAUGCAAUUCGAUUAAAGCUGCUUUUGGCCUAACCAAGACUGAUGCACCUAUGGACAAUGUAGUCACUGUUUUGCCUGGCAGUGUCAAGAUAUUGGCUCCUGAGUUUGAAAGGAGUUUUAUAUCUGCACCAUGUGCAAAGGAGGAAGUCAACCCUGAGCAACUAGUGGUAGGUACUAGCACAGAUGUGGAGAAACCCCUGGGACAAGGCCAGGGAAUUGAACAUGAUGAUGCAAAAAAGUUAUCCUCCUCGGGAUCUGAAUUAGCUGUACGUGAAGAAAAUGACAGGUUUCUCAAACAAAGUGCCUCAAAGUCAGCAUCUCUGAUUUGCAACCAGAGGAAGUUACAUUUGUUUCCUGAAGGAGAUUCCACAAAGAAAUUUUCACAUACAAGCGAAUGUCAAAAGUACAUUGCCAUUGAAGAUGACAUGAACGACUUUCAGAAAUUUAUAUCUGCAUGUGACUAUCUCCAAGUGAUCCCAAAAUCUGAAAGCAAAACCAACAGUGAUGAUCUGGAUGCUGUAACUUCACGACCUGCAAAAGGGAGUUCUAGCAAUAGUCUUCCUGAUAUUAAAGAACCGCUGCUUAUCAAGAACAAUGAGGGUGCUUGCUUAGAAGCUUGUCUUGACAACUUUGGGGGCCCUUCUGCUGAAGAAGACGACAACAAUGAUAUCCUUAACACUGGAAAGUAUAAAGGAACUAAGGUGAGCCAGGAGAACGGGAGCCAUGAGAGUGUUGAAGGAAGUGAUAACGUGCAAAGUGUUUCAACAGGGAAAAGGAAAUGCAGCUUCACUGAUGGCAUGAGGUCCAGCAAGAUUCAGAAAUUGAAUGCAGGGACUACCUCCUGUUCAGAAUCAUUUCUUAAGAAGGGAUCGUCUUUUAUGAAGUGGAUUUCAAACGUAAUGAAGGGAUUGUCUGAGUUCAAUUUGGAUAGAAAGUUCUUGUCAGAAAAUUCAUCAAGACGUCUUAAUGAUGAUCAUGUAAAUCUUGAUUCUCUCUGCAUGUUGGAAGAGACUGAUCAAGAUGCAGAUAUGUGCAGAAAUAGGAGCUUCCAAAACUUUUUUCACUCCAUGUAUUGUAAAAAUUUGAGGCUUCAUGCUGAAAACAUUGAAAAUUCAGAAUGUGUAAUGGAAGCCAAGGAAUCAUGGAAAGUUGGGGAAACUAGCAGAAGGCCUUUUGGGGAAGGUUGCUCCUACACAGCUUCUGGUAAGAAUACAGAACUGCCUUAUCAGCCUAACCUAUCUAAACUAGAUGAGAGAUCUGGUUCACCAAUUGGUGGAAAUUCAUCAUGGUUAUUAACCCUACCAAGUUUGGAUAAUGGUAUAGCAGUCUCCAAAGAAAAGUACAAGGACAAGAUUGGAGGAAAAAGUUGUUCAUAUAAUAUAGCCUGUGGCUUUGAGAAAACUGGGAUUAACUUACCAAGAGCAUCUUCUGUAAAAGGGUCUGGUUCCAUUACGAAUGUUAUGUUGCAGCCUAUGCCUGAUGUUAUUGAGGGAGGAAAACCGUCAGAAACAAGCAACAAAAAGGUUACAGAAAAAAAUCUCUGGAUAGCUCGGUUAUCACCAAGUUGUUCUGCACCUUCCUUAAAGCCACUGAAUGAUGGCAAAGGAGUAUACUGUGCAAAUGAGGCACUUGCACUUGUUGAUCAAGGUGUUUCUUCAAUUCAUAAUAAUGUUGAUGCUGCCAUGAAGCUCAAAAUGUUAGAAGCCAGUCAACCUCCUUCAAGGAGAAGCAUGGAUUGCUGCAUCAGUUCAAUGGACAUGCCAUGUUCAAAAAGAAAUGAGAAUUUCAAACUAGAAAAGUUGCCAACCAAGUUGCCUUCUCAGAGGUUUAUCUUACCUUUUCUGAGAUCUGCCAACAUUUCAGAUUCCCCUGCAAAUGACGAGGAAAUUUCUAACAAUGCUGACAUGAUUUUUUCUAGGAAUGUAAAGGAUUUGGACAUCCAUAAACAGACUAUCACAGUAUCAACAGCCAGGGAAACACAUACAUUACUUUGUUUCUUUUGCGGCUCUGUAGACCAUUCCAUAAGAAAGUGCUCAGAGAUUGCAAAGUGCAAGCUUGAGUAUCCCUUGACAAACAUAAUUGCUUGUGAUAGCGAUGAAGAAUCUUCAUAUUUCUGCAUUCGCUGUUUCCAGCUUGGCCAUUGGGCUAUGUCAUGUCCAUUGCUAUCCUCUCCUGCAGAUUGUACGGGUCUUGUGAGACUGAGCUGUGAGAAAGCUGGUGCUCUACUUGAUCACGAUAGGAAGCAUUCAACACAGCCGAAGACUAUAGAUAACGAUUACUGGUUUAACAAAGAAAAAACGAAAGUUGCAGACAAUGAUCAGGCAGCUGUUGGAAACCCUAGGCUCGAGAGGAGUCAAUCUGCUCCCAGCUCUGGCUGUCUGGAAUCAAAACCAAAUCAAAUUAUACCGUUUUUUGGCCCUCACGGUGGGAAGGUUCCAUCAUUACCGCAUGCAAUGUUUGAAAGAAUCAGGAGGCUUCAACUCUCCCGCUCUGAUAUUGUUAGAUGGAUGAAAGUGCCCCAACUCAACCUCCAUCUCAAAGGCUUUUUCCUGCGUGUGCGCUUCAGAAAGUGGGAAGAACGACUUGGUGGUGGUUAUUGUGUGGCUUGCAUUAGUGGGGUUACUCAAGAAAGAGAACAUGGCAGGAAUAAGAUUCAGCUCUUAGUGAACCUGGGGGGUUUCAGUUGCUUGGUUGACUACUGUUACAUUUCCAACCAUGAAUUUACAGAGGAGGAGGUCAUGGAAUGGUGGUUCUCGACUUUGAGUGGUGAUGCGAAUGUGCCGUCUGAAGAAGAUUUCAGAUUGAAGAUUGAGGAGAAAAAAAAACUGAAUAUUAGUUGUCCAGAGUAAUGUUUUCUGAAUAGUUCGGUACUGUAAAUAGGAGAGUAGCAUUAUUUGGGAGCAAGCAGAUUUGCUUUAAAUUCCAAUCUACUUGGUUCCAGCAUUCCUUUAUGUGCACGCAUAAUCAGAUGCAUGCAUUUUACACACGUGCAUUUUGUACUAUAUCAACAGGAAUUAUUUGCAGCUUCCUUGUCUGAGUCAAACAGAUGUAGCGUUGCUAUCUGAUGUUAUGCCAAGGAAAAGCAUGUGGCGCAAUUGUCUCA